GCAGACAAGUGUAUCGGUUGCCGGGAUGCCUUCUCUGAUCCAGUCAAUUUGAACGCUGUUGUGUGCAUUUGGGACUCCUCCGACCAAUGUACCCUCGUGGUGAAGGCCUUCUGCGUCAGCACAGAGUUUACGGCGAAAAAACACGGCGGAGAAAAGGGCGUGCCCUUCCGUAUUCAGGUGGACUCCUUCCGAGAGGCCGAUCACACUCACAUCUACUCUGCUGCCUGUCAGGUGAAAGUCUUCAAAACCAAGGGGGCUGAGAGGAAGAACAGGACAGAUAAGGAGAAGAUUGACCGAAAACCUGCUGCUGAUCGGGUAGGUAUUCUGUUAGAACGGCCCAUCUGGGCCUUUCUUAUUCCAUGCCAAAUUUGCCCCUCUGCCUGA